AUGUAAAAUUUUGAGACUGUCGAGAUUGUAAAUCCAACUGUUGAUUAUUUAAUUAUAAAAUGCUCAUAAAAUCUUUAUGAACAUUACUUAAGUGAAAAAGAACCUGGUUAUAAUUGUGAAGUGAUAGCAAAUUGGCAGUGUGGAGUUGUAUAAUAGGAUUUCUUAGUAUGUAAAAUAAAUAACAAUAAAAGCCAUUUGAUCAUGGUGAAUCUAAAUAUGCUAUUUUAAAUAAAUGGAUAGAUGAAGAUGAACCUGUACUUAAUUAUAUAUUAUGUUUUAGCAUUUUAAGACAAUUGAUAAUCUGACUGCCAAGGGAGUUAAAAUAAUGAAAAUUUAACAGCCAACAACAGGUUAAGAAACAUAAGAUGAUGCUAGAUCAUAAAAAAGUUAAUCUUCUUCAAGAUUCUCAAGAAAUUCAAUUGUGAGGUUUUAGAAUUCUGUAAGCAAAAUGAAACUUCUAAAUAAAUUGGGUGGAUCUUCUCAAUAGAUGACAACUCUUUAAUCGACAAUUCAAGAAGAAUACAAACCUAAUCUAAUAAAAAUGCCAGAUACUAAAAAACCUCCUACUCCAGAUGCAAUAAUAGAAAGACUUCGAGAAUAGAGAGAAUAUUAAACAUUAGAUAAAUAGAAAGAAAAUGAAAGAAUGCGUAAAAUAAAAGAAGAAUAAAUUGAAUAUGAAGAGAAAAAGAAAGAAUAGUUGAAAUAAUUAAAAAAUAAAUAAUACACAUAUGAUUAUGAUGGUUAAGUGGUGUUUCUAACAACAAAGUAAAACAUCUCUAUAAUAAUAAUAGACCUAUAGAUUUAUAAAUAAAUGAAAUACUUUAACCAGAAACAAAAACUAAUUAACCAUAAAAAGUUAUUAAGGAAGUGAAUUCCUAACCUGAAAUAAAACCAGUUAAAGAAGCAUUUGCUAAAGGAGAUGAAGAUAAUAGGAAACUUGAAAAAGCAGCAGCUGUUGAAUAUCCAAAAUAACCUUCUUUAAUUGAAGCCAUGAAGGUUUUAUGAAUAGUUAUACUAGUCUAAAUAAGGUACAAAUAUCAUUUUUGAUAAUGGUUGUGUUAAGGAAGGAGGUGAAUAUAAGAUUCCUGAUAGAAUGAGUAAGAGGGAUUAUUAAACAAUGGUGGAUGGUUUAUAAUAAAAAAAUAAAAAGUAAUAUGAAGAUGUAGAAGAUGGAGUAGUUGAGGAAAUGGAUACAUAUGAAUAGAAAAUAUAUGAUGCUAUUAAUCGUGAAGGAGAUAGAAAUAUCAAAAUAUCAAAUGAAUAAUAUUUUAAAUGGAUGAUGGAAGAUGAAGAUAUCAAAAAAUCAUAUCGUUCAUCUUCAGCUGAAUCAGCUAAUGCAAAGAGUGUUUAUGAAAGCAAAAAAUACUUCAAAAAGCACACUAAAGAAAAGGAGAAAACAAGUCCCAAAAAACUAAAAUCUUAAUUUGAUAGAAUAAAUGCUUAUAAGAAUUGUAUUAUAUAUGUAUAAUUAUUUAGUUGAUGAUAUGAAAAAACCUCAAAAUCUUAAAGCAAGUAAGUUACACAAAGCUUUGAAUGAAUUUGAUUCGAAAUUAUAAAGUCCAAAAUGGGGUAAUACUGAUAUUAAAGAAAUACCAUAACCUAAUUCAACAAUCUAUAAAUUAAAGCAUAAAUCUGAAAGCCAACCUAAAUUGCCUCCUUUAAGAUAAAAAGGAAGAGUUUGA